AUGCUUCGACGUAUUUCAAGGCUCCUAUCCUCAGUGCCUAAGCUUGAGCCUUUGAGACCACAAUUGGAACGUUCAGAUCCUCGAAAUGCCUUAAAUACAGACUUCAUUGACACCGUCAAUAGCAUCGCCAACGAGCAAAAACGGUUCACCAUCACCAACUACGAUACAAGAAUAAGAGUCAACCACUACCUCCAAGCUGUGUUCCAGAGAGACUUCAAUCAGGCCUUUGAUCUACUAGGCAAGUUCAAAGACAAGUGCAAGGUCAACAGGACCCAUACUUCGUUUGCUCGAAAUGUGCAACUCUAUGUAUCGUGCUUGAGCACCUUAGUAGCUCAUUUUGCAUUCACAUCUGAUGGCUCUGAGAGAGACUUCAAUGAUCUUGGAAACGUCAAAGAUAUGGUUCAAUUGCUUCCUGGUUAUGUCGUACUGAGUGUCCUGCAAGAUCAGCUAAACCAGCUCCGUAUACACCUACUAGUGGCAUACUGCAGACAUUUCGAUAAGUUAUCCAAGAAGCAUGCAUUGAGACGUCAAAGAGCAAGAAAGUUGACAAUAUAUCUUGCUGAAAAGUAUGGGAUAUCUCCUCAGUCUUUGGAGCAAGUGGUUGCUGAUGAGUAUCCAGAACUCAUGGACUCGUUUCGAGCAAUUUGGCCCAAUCUCAAAGCAUAUUCGGAGCUUUCAACGAAUAAAUUAGAUGUUCAACCUUUUUUGAACAAAAACGGCUCGAUGAGCUUCACCAGUCUCUGUGACUUUAUAUCCUCGUCGAGGUUUCAAUUCGACGAUGACAAGCGUCCCAUGCAUGAGAUAUAUGACUCUCUACCCCAAUCCCAACAAAAAGAUUUCAUCGAUGCCUAUCUUAGACAUAAUAGACUCCGCCAAAUAGAGGUGGAAAAAUACUGCGGCGCUCUUCAGGACUCCCUCGCUUCCAAGCGUCAAGAAAGUACAUUUCAAAAAUUCAACAUAGUUCACAGACAUUGGCUUUUGCAGUGGAACGCCGCUAUAUGCGACAGAAUCAAAGCUCUUGAUACAGAAGCCAAUCGAAGCCUUUCAAAAUUUGCAUUCUUUUACACUACCUAUCCCGCCGAGAAGCUUGCAUCAAUAGUACUUACCAGUAUGCUCUCGGCAACAUUAAAGUCAGGGCUGAUUGGAACGUUGAAGUUAGCCAAAGCAAUGCUGACCUCGCUAAAACAAUCAAUUCGUCUGGAUCCCGAACUAAAACCCAUAUCACAACAGCUCAAUCACUAUCUCAAUGAGGACGACUCCAUUGAGUUCUUCUGUGGUAUCAUAAAACUUGCCACAGAAAACUGCAAACUACCUUUGGAUAGCGGAAUGCUAUCGAAAAGCUCGCAUGGUCAGCCCCUAUUCUCUGUAGGGUAUGCGAAGUCGUCUCAAGAUAGCUCUCCUUUCCAUAGAAUGGGGAUAAUCAGCCUCCACCAGGAAAUCAUUAUUCUUUUUCAAUCCUAUAAGGACCUCCUACAUAGCGGUACAGUGCUUUUGCCCAUGCUAUAUCCACCUGAAAAGUGGACCUCGCCGAUACAUGGGGGUUAUUUGGAAGGGUUGGCUCCGAUGGUUCGCUCUUCAGAUGAGCAGACUACUUUGAAAUAUAUCAACAAGGCUCAUGCUACUGGGCAACUUCAAUCGCUCUAUGACGUUUUAACUCAACUUGGGUCGCUUCCCUGGGCUAUCAACAAGGAAAUGCUGGACAUUUUUACAGAAUGCCUCGAAAAGCCUGAGGGAUUCCUCCUGAUACCACCACCAUUGAGCGAAUUAAUGCCCCCAGUUUUUGAAAUCCCAAAAAAGAGUCUUUACGAAUCAGACUGUGAAUAUGAGGCUGAUAGGAGGGCUUAUUACAAGCAGAAGCGGGAGGCUGAGAAUGAGUACUUUGGACUUCGAGGAAAUCGAAUUUCUUACGAGCUUAUGAACAAGGUCGCUUCAUGCUACGCUGCCAAUGGUGAUGUUUUAUACUUACCACAUAAUGUUGAUUUCCGUGGAAGAGUAUACCCGGCCGUUUCCUUUCUUUCCCAUCAUAAUGAGGAUAUGAUAAGAUCAUUGUUGAUGUUCUGGGAUGCAAAACCGUUAGGACCACAUGGGUACAAGUGGAUCAAGUAUCAACUUGCGAACCUCUAUUCUAAAGCUAAGCUCGAUAUGGAACAAUCUAUCGCAUUCGUAUCGGAGAACAUGGCAAACAUCAUUGCAUCCGCCACUAAACCAUUCGGUGGGGAUCAAUGGUGGAUCAAAGGCGAUAACCCAUGGCAAAGUCUUGCUCUCUGCAAGGAGAUACAUCUGAUAGAAAAUUUUGGAGGAUCGGAUGCGGACUAUAUGUCGAGAAUUCCCGUCCAUCAAGAUGGAACAUGCAAUGGUCUUCAACACUACGCUGCAUUAGGAGGUGACGAAGCUGCGGCCAGAUCAGUCAAUUUGCUUCCGGGGGAUCGAAAUGAUAUCUACUUAAAAGUUCUUGAAAUUGUCAAAAGGAAGAUACUUGAUGACCUUGAGAAUGAAUCCACCAAAGAGAUCGCAAGAAUAAGUCAGCCAUUGCUUCUGAGAAAACUCAUCAAACGAACAGUCAUGACCACAGUGUACGGUGUGACACACUUCGGUGCAGCUCGACAGAUCCAAGAGAACAUCGAAAGUAUAACUAACAAAACACAUAAUACCGUCUCCUCCGAGUACACCGAAAGCCAAAUCGCUACAUACAUUGCCAGAAAUGUGCCCAAGCCAUUCAGGAUUGGUUGCUUCGCAAUUGCUUGA